AACUGCUACGAGCUUGCGGUGAUAAGGUGGACAUUGAGCCGCCAUUUCGCUGUGAUUUCGGAUUCAAUAUCAGCAUUGGCGAUUCCUUCUCAGCUGGACCGAAGUUGGUCAUCUUAGAUGCGUCUACAGUGGAGAUAGGGAAUGAUGUUCAUUUUGGUCACGACGUUCACCUCUACGCUGUUGACCAUCCGCGUUCGGCCUCCGCUCGAGGGACGUGGGCCCUGUCCGGCAGUCCCAUAAGAAUAGGAAAUAACGUCAGCAUUGGGACGGGUACAAUUGUCAUGUCUGGCCUGAGUAUAGGCGACGACUGUAUCAUACAACCUGGCAGUGUUGUCACUCGA